CAAACCAUUCCAUGAAUUAAAACCCUACUCGCUCAGACCACUUCGUUACUGCUAUGCUGAAACCACAGCAGGGUUUGCCUUCAUCCCCAUGAAGAUCCCGGACCCUUACCCAAAACCCGACCAAACCCAGAUCCGAAUUCUUAUCGAAAAUGUCUACGAGAGCCGCAGAAGCGCCGUGCCGGACGACGGCGUUCCGGCCGUCCAAAUGAGCCUCCUGUUCUUCACUGCCCGCCCCACUUUCUGGGCCCGAGCCUCCAAACUCGCCGCCUGCCAUCUCCACACUCUCGCCGGCGGAGCUCGGCCCCGCCCCGAAACUCUGGUGCUGCAAAACCCCGAGGCCUGGUUUGUCAAAGUUGUUUACUCUCUCUUUCUUCGCUCUCAUUGUUUGGAUUCUUACUUGGGUUAUCUAAGCAAGAACUUGACGCCUUCUUUGGCUUUUGAGGUUAUCAAAAGGUUGAACAACCCGCAAUUGGAGCUCAAGUUCUUUGAGCUUAGUAAGUUUAGUUUGAGCCUCAAUCACGGUGUGUCGACCUACAAGUAUCUGUUGCGAUCUUUGUGUCAAAUGGGUCUUCAGGACUCGGCUAAGUUGGUGUUUGAUUACAUGAGGAAUGAUGGGCUUUCGCCCGAUGAGUCUGUUGUUGAGUUUUUGGUGUCAUCUUGUGCUCAUAUGGGGAGGUUGGAUCUUGCGGAGAAGAUUCUCGAUGAGGUGCAUUGCAGUGGGGAUGGGUUGUCGAGUUUCCUUUACAAUAACUUGUUUAAUGUACUUGUUAAGCAGAAUCGAGUAUAUGAGGCUGUUUUGUUGUUUAGGAAGUAUGUUGGGUCGCAUUGUUGUCCUGAUAGUUGGACGUUUAAUAUUUUGAUUCGAGGUUUAUGCAGAGCUGGAGCAAUUGAUAAGGCUUUUGAGUUAUUUUGUGAGAUAAGGAGUUUUGCUUGUUCACCUGAUAUUGUGACGUAUAACACACUAAUUAGUGGACUAUGUAGAGCUGGUGAGGUUGAUAGAGGGUGUGAUUUACUCAGGGAGGUUCGGAAGCAAAGUGAGCUUUCACCGGAUGUUAUAACUUUUACGUCGGUUAUAUCAGGGUUUUGCAAGUUGGGUAGAAUGGAGGAGGCCUCUGCUAUUUUUGACGAGAUGAUAGAUUGUGGAGUUAGACCAACUGUAGUUACUUUUAAUGCACUGAUUGAUGGAUUUGGUAAAGUAGGUGACAUGAGUUCUGCAUUUGCUAUGUAUGAGGGUAUGCUCUUUCAUUGUCAUCAUGCAGAUGUGAUUACCUAUACUUCCCUAAUUGGUGGCUAUUGUCGAGCUGGGGACCUGAACUAUGCGUUGCAGCUCUGGCAUGAGAUGAAUGCAAAAAAUGUGACUCCUAGUGCACAUACUUUUUCUGUGCUUAUUAAUGCUUUGUGCAAGGAGAGUAGACUGCAUGAAGCACGUGAUUUACUGAGGGUUCUGAAGUGGAGUAAUGUUGUUUCAAAGCCUUUUCUAUAUAACCCUGUAAUUGAUGGAUUUUGCAAGGCUGGUAAUGUUGAUGAGGCAAACUUGAUUGUGGCAGAGAUGGAGGAGAAGAGAUGCACCCCUGAUAAAGUGACAUUCACCAUUCUUAUCCUAGGGAAUGCUAUGAAAGGGAGAAUGUCUGAGGCGAUUGGCAAUUUUAAUAAGAUGUUGUCCGUUGGUUGUGCCCCAGAUAAAGUCACCAUAGAUUCUUUGAUAUCUUGCCUUUCAAAGGCUGGGAUGCCCAGUGAAGCCCGCCGCAUCAAGAAAAUCGCAUCAGAGGACCUUAAUUUGGGUGUGUCAUGUAUGAGACGACCUCCUUAUUUGAAGUCAAAUGCAGAAAUUCCAGUGGCUAUUUGAUCGAUCUCCACCACGUAAGUGUGUGGAAUUUGGUAUUCAGUGCUUGGAUUUUGCAAGGUCUCAUGAUGAUUGUAUGCCCAAUACUAAAUGCAAGCUGCUCAGUUUAGUGGCACGGAUGAGCCAGCAACCUGCUUGUAAUCUGGCCCAGGUCAGUUUUGCUGGACUUCAUAGAUUGUAUGCCAAUACAUCCUUUGCAAUAAGGCUGGCCCUGCGUGGCAAGUAGGACAUGGAUAUGCAAAGCAAGAUAGAUGGAUUCGGGGAGAGGACAACUAGAACUUUUUGCUCCAUUGUAUAUUUCAUCGGCACUGCAGCUUUUGCUACGUGAUAUUAUAGCUGACUUGCGAGGCAAAUGUGGAGGGAGGGAGGGAAAUCCACUGCUUCUUAAAGUCAAGAAAUCAAUUUGCAGCAAAUACUUGUUGUGCAUGCAAGUUCGUGCAAUUACUAUGGCACAAGUGAUUAUGUUUCUAUUGUUGGUUUUCGAAUGAUUCUUCUAAAUCAUGAAGAUCAGUCACAAUUGGAUACGGUACUGCAUUAUCAAAAAUUUACUGCGGAACUCAAUUGUGUUAUUGAUUCUGAAGGAACUAGAGUAACUAAAGGUGUUGUUGAUGACGUAAGUAAUUAAUGCGAAAUUUGUGAUUAGUUCUGGGAUCGGCUCCUGGUAUUUGGAGAGGAUUAUUAUGGGCGAAGGGACUUUUAGAUGCUGGGACUCGGUGGAGAGUAGGAAAUGGGUGGUGUAUUCUUAUU